UGGACCUGGACCUGGACCUGGUCUUCCUGCUCCCGGCUCUGCUCUUCACUUUGGUUCUCCUUUACUUUUCUUCAUCUCUGCUGAAGAAUCCAAACUCCUCCUCUUCCUCAGCUGGAGCCAAGGAACCACUGCACUCUGGACCAGAACCACCUGCUCCAGUGGGUCAGAACCAGCACGAGCCGGACUCUAAGGUUGUUCCAGAACCAGAACCAGAACCAGCUGAAGUACAACAGCUGGCUCCAGAACCAGCGUCAGUUCCAGAACUGGUUGCUGAAACAACAGAACCAGAACCUGAAGAGGUCCAACAGGCCAGAACAGAACCAGAACCUGAAGAGGUCCAACGGGCCAGCACAGAACCAGAACCUGAAGAGGUCCAACGGGCCAGAACAGAACCAGAACCUAAAGAGGUCCAACGGACCGGAACAGAGCCAGAACUUGAAGAGGUCCAACGAGCCAGAACAGAACCAGAACCUGAAGAGGUCCAACGGACUGGAACAGAACCAGAACCUGAAGAGGUCCAACAGCAGAACCUGAAGAGGUCCAACAAACAGAACCAGGAGAAGUUGAGACGGCUGAGGACUCUGAACCUGAACUGAUCCCAGAACCUCCCAGACCUGAUGAAGAUGGGUCCAAAGAACCAGAACCGGAGAAUGGGAUGGUUCUGAAUGGUGCGGCUGCAGCUGAAGCGGGUCGGAGGUUCUGUGUGGAGAACCGGAGCAGCACCUUUCUGAUGAUGGAGGAGGAGCAGAG